AUGGAAAGCUUUCGAUUGUUGUUUCUCUUCAACAAAACGGUUGGUUACGGUGCCUACACCUUUCGACAUGAAGCGGCCCGAAAAGAGGAAAGAGUCACGGUUCCGAUUUGGUCCCGUUCCGGUUUGGUGUUGCUAGUGCUUCAUUCAGCAAUCUAUGGCUAUCUGGCUGCCCGGAAUUUUUACGCUCCCUACGUCGAAACUGGUUCUACCCUCAUGAAUGUUACCGGGUUGGUAAUUUUGCAAGUGGGAUACGUUUCAAUGUUAGGAGCACUCGUCCUUCGGUUGGCCAGGCGGAGUCUACUGGGAACAAUUUUACAGCGUCUCCGAUGGAUCGAUUUUCAAAUGGCUGCACUAGGAGUUCCGAUCGAUCAUGGCGGCGAAAGGCGCCUGCUGGUGGUUUUGAUGAUUAUAUGCUUGAUAUUUGUGGCGAUUGCCACAUUCGGUGCGCUGCUGCUGCUGGGUAGCUUACGAGACACUUUCACCAUCUAUAGUGGCAAAGUGUACAUGAGUUUUUCUGCAGCUGUUCUGGCGACAAACGCAUUUGCUCUGAUUUUUGUACUCUAUCGAAGGAUUUGUUUUCUGGAGGAUUCUCUGAGGAAAGAUCUGAAUUUCCCAGCGUUAGAAAAGGAAAGAGAACAACCACACCACUAUCACUCCUCGCAAAUUUUGCAUACACGGAUCUCUUCAAUGGCGUUAAUUUACGGCGAUUUGUAUGAACUUUCCGGCACAAUCAGUAAACUAAUUUCGGCAGAGAUUAUCAUAUACUGCACCAUUGUACUAAUCUAUGGAAUCCUGUCCUUGUUCGCCAUAUACCGAGCGAUUCUGACCGGCAGGUACAGCAUCAUCGCUAACUGUGGAAUGCACGUAAUUUGGUGGGUCGAGUAUUGCAUUGCCGUUUUACUAAUCCUCACCUACGGAAACAAUAUACUGUUGGGGUCGGAAGCGGUGCUCUCGUUACUGGGAGCAGCCAUCACCUAUCAGGCAGACGAAAAGGUGGUGAUAAAAAUUCGUGCACUGAUGCUACAAAUGAAACACAACCCGCUGAAAAUAACGACCUGGUUCUACGACGUCAAUUUGGUGAUUAUUGCGACGAUGGCAACUUUUGUAUUUGUAAUGAUUCAGUUCGAUGUCUGA